AUGCCGUCAACCCUCGCCUUCAUCGGCGGCCUCGCCCUCCCCCAAACUCGAUUCCAACGGGCCCUCAAUUGUGGCCGAAGACCAAGGCCCCCAUUACGCGUCGCGCCCGCUGCCACGCCUCGAUGCUGCCUCCCCACGCGCAGCACGGACGCGCGCGGCUUCGUGCUUCCCGACGAGGGCGACGUCGUCUUAUUUGCCGGCCGCUGGUCGCAAGAGGAUGCGCUGGGCCUGGUCUCGGGCGUGCGCUUCAUCGAGUCGCGCGGUUCGCACGUCGUUGACAUCGUCGAGCUGCGCCGCAUCUCGUCGGACCUCUUCGCCAUCCCGAGCGCCAGGGCCCGGAGGAAAGGCCCCGCGCGCUGGAUGGAUGUGGCUGAUGUUCGCGUCGCGUCAGACGCGGAAUAUGUCCCCACCCAGGACGCCUACAGAGUCACGGGUAUGAACGACGGGUACGCACCAGUCGCCCCGUUGGAUCCCGAGGCCCGGGAAAAGGCCGACCGGGAGUAUGCCAAGCUCAAGCGGGAGCUUCUUGUGGAGACACAAGUCGUGGGUGUGGCUGGGACCGUGCUUGCUGCACUGGCGCUUGGCCCGCGUGUAGGUGGCGCGUUUGCGGCAGGUAGUCUGGCCUCGACCGUGUAUUUGGCGAUGCUGCAGGGUGGUGUGGAUGCUGUCGGGAAAGAAGGGUUAGCGGCCAGGUUACUGGGUUUGAGAUUUGCCGUACCAAUCGUGCCGUUUCUUGCGUUGGCAGUUGUGAACGGUGGAUUAAAAGGGGGAGUUGAGAAUUUGCUAGGGAGCAUUGGAAAGCAAGAAGCAUUGGCGAUUGUGAUCGGGCUGCUGACGUAUAAAGUCCCGCUGUUCACAAGAACGGGAAGCGAGUUUGUGGAUGGGUUGGCAGAUUUUGAGAUGGGGAAGACGGGCAUGGUUGGCACGGUUGCUGGGUUAGCCGCAAGGCGGAUAAAAAAGAAUAGGGAUGGGGAACCGGGGGAGACGGAGGAGGGAGGGCAGGAAGCGAGGCCGGUAAUUGUGUUUUCUGGUCCUUCGGGAGUUGGGAAGAGCACGCUGAUGCACAGGUUGAUGGAUGAGUAUCCAGGGAGGUUUGACUACAGUGUCUCUCAUACGACACGGGAGAAGCGGGAGGGGGAGGAAGACGGUGUGGACUACAACUUUGUGCAGACAGAGGAUUUCGAGAAGAUGAUAGAAGAGGGUCAAUUUGUUGAGUAUGCCAGAGUGCAUGGUAAGUACUACGGGACUUCGUAUGAUGCGGUUAAUGCCGUAUUGUCACUAGGGAACGCCUGCAUCCUUGACCUUGAUGUUCAAGGUGUGGACGCUCUCUGGAAUAAGAGCGGGUUGGACUGGGACGCACGACUUGUUUGGAUUGCCCCUCCAUCGCUAGAGGCCCUGGAAGAGCGCUUGCUUCAACGAGGGACGGAAACAUCUGAAACGCUGAAGAUCAGACUUGACACGGCGACUCGCGAAAUAUCAUACGCCGCCACGAACAGUGUUUUUGACUUCACCAUCAUCAAUGAGAACGAAGAUGAAGCUUACGGCGAGCUGCGCGAUUACAUUAACAAGGAGCUACCCCUAGGUGAGACCUGAUACCUGUAGUAGCUCCGUGAAAGUGGUGAGGGGAAUAGGUUACGUACAGAGGGUAGCAAUUAAGUUAUAACACGGAAAAGGGGCCGGGUGUACUUUGAUUCAGAGGGUAACAUUCGAAGAACCAGUCACACUUGUCCCUUCAUCAGUCCAUGGUGUUUCUUCCACGAAUGCAGCAAGACUCUGAAAUGGAACUAGUCGCUCCACCCAUUUCAAACCAGCUCGUCCGCUUGUUGAUGGUA